AUGUCUAGUGAUAUUGAAGAGGAUUUUCCUUUAAAUGGUGGAAGUGAUAGACUCGCCAAACUCUUUGAGGAUAACACAUUAGAUGACAUUUCUUUCAAAUUCUCAAUACCAAAACAUCCCACUUCAAAACUGCAAAAGCCAGCUCAUAAUUCAGUCCCUUUAAAAGUGAUACAUGCGAAAACAGUUGAAGCAUUUCAGAUGAAAAUUGGAGGUUAUAAAUCAGAAGGAAAAGUAGGUGUUGCUAUUAUUGGGAAUGAUGAAUACUUUUAUUAUCAACUAUAUAUGUAUAGGAGUGAUGAAAGAAAGGUGUCAAGUGCAGAAAUAAGUUUUCAAUUUAAUUUUCUUGUGCAAGAUCACAAUUAUGCCAGUUUUAAAGAUUCUCUUGGUAUCCAAUGGUCUAUUCAUUUUGACAAAUCUUCAGAUCUAAUUAAUUUUGCAAAAGAGAUUGCCUUGGCUAGAUGGCGAAGCACUCCGUCAUGCCAGUGUAAAUUAGUACAAGAAGCAUUCAAAGGUAAAACCGAAAAUGUGAUUAAAAAAGAUGAUAACAUCAAAGUAAAUUAUAAAAUUUAUUAUUUGUCUCCAGAAAAUACUCUUCAAGAGGAAUCUUCAGAAAAAAAUCUUACUGCUCCUGCGAGUUCUUCGAAUUGGGAAGUAAAUUUAAUUGGAUCAUGUCUCAAGAGUCGGAGAUUCAUUAUUUUGCCUUCACGGCAAUCUGAAUCUGAGGUAGAUUUAUCAUUAUCUCAUGGUGUAAAAUUGAUGAUGGAAUUAGAAGUAGAAGAAAUCAAUAGUAAAAACAUAAACAACCAAUCGUCAUGCUCUUUAGGUAUCCAGAAUACAUCUUCCAAAAGGAGUUCUGAAAAAAAAGAAGACUCCAUUAAUUUAUCUGAACGAAUGUCACGCAUUGGGUAUGCAUUACCUAAUUUGCAGAUGUUGGAAACAGGAAAUAUUCAUGAUGUUACAGAUAAAAAACAUUCAUUAUCACAAAAACCGAUAACAUAUGUUCCAUCCACUCCUUCUGUAAUUGCAGAAGGCAGCGCCUGUUCUUCUGAAAUCGGUGACGUAACUGUUACAUCCCAAUUUAAUAUGUUGUUCAGUGAAGUCCGAACUAGCAACUCAGAAAUAAGAAUGAACUUGAGCAAAGUUAAUGACAAAAUUGAUGUACUAAUUUCAAAGAUAGAAGUUACUUCUCAGUCAGAACCCAAAAAAACAUCUGAAUUUGAACAAAUUAAAAAUACCGAUGGAGUUCUUGAUAAGCUUGCUGAACAAAACAAUACCAUCUUGUCACUUUUAGAAAAGCACUCAUUGUCAAAUCUACAUUCAACAAUUAAUGAAGUAAUACAACUGAAGAAAAGAAAUUGUGAACUGGAAAGUUUACUGGAAGUAGCUGGAUCCACCAGUCACAUUCUGAAGGACAAAGUUGAUGAAUUAAAUUUGAAACUCGCAGAAAUGAAAGAAAUUAUUAGUAAAGAGGGGAAAAAUCUUUGUAGUCAAUGUAAAGGAGAUGGAGAUAAAAAAAUUAAAGAGCUGGAAGAAAAUGUAAGAGUUUUGGAAGAACGAAACUUACAACUAAUGAAAAAUUCAGAAGAACUAGAGCGCCAAAACAGGGAACUAAGUGAGCACACUGUGUCUGCCAUACAAGGCCACAGUAAUCAGGAAUUGUCAUUCCAGUUGCGUCUCUUAGAAAAAGAUAAACGAAUCGAAAAUCUUGAAAGAGAAAUAGAAAGAUUAAAUUUGGAGGUUACAAAGAGGUGUACCCGACAGGCAGUUGAAAAGGAAAUAACAGAAGUAGCUAAAGCAUUAAUGAAUAAGGCUUAUAAAACUUUGAAAAUUGUAUCUAGAGAUUCAGGCCUCAUUGAUCAUUCAUUUGCUCAUGCUCUAAGGGAAAUGACAAGAGCUUACUUGGAAAAUCAUUUUGAACAGAAAUGCCCAUCUCUUUUUGAGCAAGAAGAAUCCUCCAGAGUUAUGGAAGAUGUUCCGUCUAGAGACGAUUAUGAACAGCAGGGUAGUAAUCCUCAAUUUCCUCCUAAUAAUUUACCUCUUCCCAUUCCACGACCUCGCAACACUAUUGGUCCACUACAGUCUUUGCAUAAACAAGACUCUAAGAACAAUGAAACUGAUACUGUAUUGACUGUAGACAGAUUGACUGAAAAUAAUAACAUAGAUGGUGACAAUGAAAAGAGACCAAAUAUAGCAACUGCUUCUUCUGUUGAAAAUUUUAAUAUUCAUUCAGUUCCUUUACCAGAUUUUAUGGUUUGUGAAAAUGUAAAUAGUUCUGAUAAAAUAAACAAUACUAACUUGCAAAAUCUAUCCAUUGAUGGAAGUAGGUUUGAUACUAAUGAUGACCUACCUGUAGGACCUGAUGUUAAUAUCCACUUAUUACAAAAUGAUUCCAGUACCUCUGCUGAGGGAGAAUUUUAUUCAAGUUCUAACAAGACAUCCUAUUCUAGUAAUUUCUACCCUCCUCUUAUUCCUACCACUCCUCCACCAAUCAUCGAUGAUAACUCAGAGUAG